GGCCCGACGAGUACCAUUUGCGUCCGACAGUUAUCGGCGGCCGGCGCAAGCGGAGAGCAAGUUUGGAUUCCGCCGCCUCGAGCGCAAUGGACAACGACCGCAAGAUGACGCCGGAAGAGAAGGUCCGCGCCGACGAGAAGAUGGGCGUUGACGACAACGACGACGAGACCUUGAGCCCCGAAGAGCUGGCGCGGCGCGGCGCCGUCGGGCGAAGGAACGGCGUCUCGGGUAUCAAGCUGCCCGAAGAAGUGAGCAACAACGCUGGCCAUUAGCGCCGCGUCCCAAGCGAUCGCCGUUGUGCCCGUCAAUCGCCCGUCCCUCGAGCAUGAUGACACGUACAAGUAUCUAACCCGUGCCCGACGUCCAACUAUUUAUCUGUCCCCGCGUGCCCAAGAAAACGAUGGCCGCCAUGAUGUCGUCGCGAGUUGGCGCCCGCGGCCUCAGUGGCGUGACGUGGACCACCGUAGGCAGUGUCCACGCCUGCACGAUUGUUUCACCGAUUAAUGUACCACUACGUACACGAUGUUGGCCCGCCCCA